AUGCGUGUCGCCUUCGUCUUGGCCGCUUUUGCGGUGCCCAUCUACGCCCAUCCCAGCAUGUCCAACUUGCUGAACGAGCUUAUGGCCCGCGAUGUUGACGAUUCACCCCUUGAUAACGACGAUGUCUUGUCGAGCUUGAAUGGAGCUUCCGACUCGUCUCUAACACCCGUUGGCAGAGACCUCAAGAAAAUUCUGGUCGGCAAAGGCAUAGCGCAGGACCCUCACAGUAGCGGACUGACUACUGAAAAGUACACCAGCGUUCCCAAACUGGACUCGGACAAGUGCAACAAAGACACCUGCUGCGUCUGGAGCUACAUCGGCCAAGAUUUGAAGGAGCUCUUUACCAACCCCGACAAUUCUUGCAAUCGCUUUGCCCGUCAGAUCAUUCGUCUGGCCUUCCAUGAUUGCAUUCCCCACGCAGGCCGCAACAAAGGCGGCUGUGAUGCCUCUAUCGUCAACUCGAAGGAAGAGAAUGGACGCGCCGAGAACAAGGGCAUGCAGGAGAUCACGAGCAAGUUGAAGGAUGUGUACGGCGAUUACAAAGACAAAGGUAUCAGCAUGGCCGAUUUGAUCCAGUUUGGCGCUUCCGUCGCAGUCCACACGUGCCCCGGCGGCCCACGCUACAGGGUCUUUAUGGGACGCAAGGAUGUCCAAGACGCGAACCCGUCAGGCCUCGUGCCCUCGCCCUUCGACUCUGCAGACGACAUCCUCAGGAAGUUCCGCGAGAAGUCUUUCCUCCCACGAAAUGUCAUUGCCCUCAUCGGCGCCCACACCGUCAGCCUCAACAACACGCUUCCCGGCCAGCCACAGGACACCACGCCUACCAAAUGGGACCAGAACUAUUUCGCGCAGACUCUGGACCCCAGCAAGGCGAAGAGCUCUAUCUUCACAUUCCAAAGCGACGCCAACCUGGCCAAGGACAGCGACAGCAAGUCUUGGUUCGAGUUGUUCCUUAAGGACAAGGCUCGCUGGGAUAACGAAUAUGCCUACGCCGUCAUCCGCCUUAGCCUGCUUAACAUAUACAACCUCAACGACCUGACGGAAUGCAGCAAGGCGCUGCCUUGA